GUCGCGGCAGUCAACACGGGACUCGCUGUGCCAGUCUACGUCAUCUCGGUGUACUUGACGACGAAAAUUGGCAUGGUUGAGCCGAAUGUAUCGUAUCUUGGAGGCUUGCUGCAGCUGGUGUCUCUGCUCCCAGGACCAUGGGUAGCUGGCGGCGGCUGGAAUAUGGAGCCACAGGACCUCCAGGAGUGGGCACGGCGUGUCCGUGGAGUUGUAGCGGCCACGGGGGAGGCCACCUGUGGUAGCAGCAAGCUGGAUUUCUUCAUAUGCUCUCAAACUCUGGCGAGCAGCGGCAUGGAGGUUGUCUCGGUGUUGGGCACGCCGGUAUGCACGCACGUUCCCGUCUUGCUCAAGCUGCGGAGGCUCCAUGCGAGGGCCACAGUCACGGCAGCAGAAGGUUCGGAUCCGCGGGGCAUCCAACAGGCCGCUGGGUGUUGGUUCAUGCACGCAGAGGACCCCCUCUGCCAGCUGCACGAUGUCUACGAGAGGCGUCGUGGGCGAGCAGUUGGGCUGAAGCUCAAGAGGGCGCCCCUGGCACAGGAAUGGAGCAGGCAGUUCAGAGCCCGUUCGUCGCUGGAGUUCAGGCAGCUGCAGGUCAUCGAGGGCUUCCUUAUCGAGGACGACUGGUGGCCGUUCACUGGGGCCUUGGCGAAUGUGUCCAUCGCAAAGGUGGUCAUGGUGCUGAGGUCGGGCAGCGCGGCAGCUGCUGGCUACAUGCUGGAGGCGCUCGACGACCACUUGUUGCAGCUGCGGCAGCGCGACGCGCAGGUCUACCAGAGCGAGUGGAAGGCGUGGGCAUGUGCAGCUGCCCAAGAGAAGGGCGGCAGAGCGGCCUUCGGCUUCGUUCGAGCUGGGCAUCAGGUUCAACCGUCAGUGUUCGAGAUGCUGGACGAGGAGCAGGAGCAGAUGAUGCCCCUGGGCGGCGACGCGGCCAUGGAGAAGCUCAUGCAGCAGCGGGGCCCGCUGUGGCAGCACGAGCUACGAGAGGAUGAAAUUCAUCCAUACUCUUGGCGAGGGGCUGAGUCCGACGUCGAGGAGCUGCCUCGGCUGACGCUGCAGAACCUGGGGGAG